UUGUGAGCGGUGACGUCAGAAUGACCUUUGACCUAUAUUUCGCUGAAUGGCAUGAUCGGUGGAACAACUGGCAGAAACACCCAUCUGCUAAUAUUCUUCAAAAAUUACGCAUAGUUAGAGCAUCAUGCCUCCUACGACAACAGAGGUCAGGCAGAGAAGUAUCGCAACGGAGAUUGGUGACCAACCAGCUGCAAAUGGACACGCCAAUGGUUUCACUAAAGAGCGAGCUGCAAAUGGAGUGGCGAAUGGACAUUUAGUCCCAUCAGAGGAUGGAAAGCGUAAACUCGUUGGAGUAGAUGGCUUUUGGUAUGAUGUAACUGACUUUAUUGACAAGCACCCCGGUGGGCCUAUAAUUGGGUCAUUUAUUGGUGAGGAUGCGACACAUGUGUUUCAUGCUUAUGGACAUGAUCCUAAAAUUCUGAAACAUCGAAAGCCUGUAGGAACCUAUGCCAUGCGUGAAAGGCAUCCAGCUGACAAAGAUUUUGACGAACUAAAAAAAAUAUUUGAAGAAAGAGGAUAUUUUGAAACUGACUUUGUUUGGUAUGUGAAGAAAUCAUUAGUUGUGUUCGCUCUCUGGAUGACUGUAUGGUUUCUAGUCACCCAGUUUUCAGCGUGGUACAUGCACUACUUGGGGGCCUUUGUCCUGGCCUUCGUUUGGCAGCAGUCUGGUUUCAUCAUGCAUGACUUUAUGCACUCUCAGGUGUUUAGGACCAAUAGGAAGAAAGACGAGGCUGGUGGUACUUUCUUCGGUGCCGCCAUGUUUGGUAUAAGCGCCCACUGGUGGCAAGAUGAGCAUAUAUUCCACCAUGGUAUGACCAAUGUUGUAGAUGUUGCAAAUCGUUGGGUAGAUCCGCAAAUGUGGGAAGUGUCUUGGGCGCAAAAUGAAAAACUUUUCCCACUUUUCACGACAACUAUGCACUACAUCUUCAUUAAGAUACAACAUAUUACGUUUAUCCCUGUCGUCACCUUUAUUGGACGUUAUGAAAUUGUAACCGAUAGUUUCCGUCGUGAGAAACGCUGGCAAGAAUGGGUCGGGGCCGCAUUCCACUGGACUUGGAUGUGUUGUCUCCUAUCAUACUUGCCCACCUGGAGAGAGGUUGGAAUUUUCUAUCUGAUUGCCGCCUCUGUCGAAGGUAUCUUCCAUUUCCAGUUGAUCCUUAGCCAUUAUUGUAAGGCAUUCUUGAAUAUCGAUGAAUUCCACAGAGAUAGUUGGUAUAAGUUUCAGAUUGACUCCAACAUGAAUCUUAACACAUACUGGUUCAUGGAUUGGUAUUACGGAGGAUUGAAUUUCCACAUCGAACAUCAUCUUUUCCCAAAAAUGGCACGUAAAUAUCUUCGUCACGCUUCACCAUUGGUGAAAGAAGUCUGCGCUAAACAUGACAUUGAAUAUGAUAGCCAGUCUUUCGUGGAAGCACUCGUGACUACCCUUGCACAUUUGAAAAAAGCAGGGACUCAUUUCACAUUAGACCCUAGGUAACUUAUGUGAUCUUUAGGAUGAAAUAUUGUAUAUAAUUAAAGCAACUUUACAAGAAUAUUAUUCAGACUUAGUUACUUACAUUUACAGUGCAAAUGUAUAGUAAAAAUGCUUUCACAUAGUAUAUAGGAACAAUUUGUAAAAUAUACAGGGUGGGUCAAAAAUUGACCAACCCUGCAUAUCAUUAUGGAUACAAUACAGGGUGUUCAUAGAGUCUC